AUGCUGCUGUCUUACAGCCUGCCGCAGCACUCUGUUUCCGCGCUGCUGGCCACUCUUAAGGGAGACGAAGCAGAAGCUGCUGCUGCUCUUGUUGCUGCUCCUGCUGCAGUUUGCUGCUUCGGGCCCCUCACUGCGCGCUGCGCCUCGCAGCUGACCUUAGCAGCACAAAUGCAGUCCGCGGCCGAGGGCCAAAGCUGGCUAGCUGUUGCGCGGCAGCUGCUGCUGCUGUCGAGACACCUCAUAGCAGCAGACCCCUAUCCGCUGCAUGCGCUUUUCGCUUUGCUGCUGCAGCAGCCAGUCCCUAUCCCGUGGAAGGUUAGAGAGGUACCUCAGCAGCAGCAGCAGCAGCAGCAGCAGCAAAUGGAGACAGGCGAUCCCUUUGCGGCGAGCCAGAACCUGGUGGGCGCAAUAGACGAAGCAGCAGAGCUGUACGCGGACCUGCAGGACCCUGUGGAGAGCAGCAGCAGCAGCAGCAGCAGCAGCAAGGGCGGGGGUGCGGAGUCGCUGCUUUCGCCUCCAGCAGCAGCAGCAGCAGCAGCAGCAGAUGCUGCAGCAGCAGAAGAGAUGCUGUGCGAGGUGGAUGAAGACCCCCGGAAGCUGCUGCUGCGGGACCUGCAGCGGUGUCUUUUGGCUUUUCUCUCCCAGAGCGAGCUGCUGCUGUCGACGCAGCAGCGGGGAAGCUCCCGUGUCUCUUUGCUGCUGCAGCAAACUCGGCUGGCUCUGCUGACGCACCGCGAAGCAAAGGCUUUGGAGAUUGAGAUAUUUGCUGCUCCUGUCGAGGCUGCUCCCCUGCUGCUGCCGACUGCGGCGUUUUCCCCCGAGGGCCGUUUGGCGCAGCUUGCUGCAGCAGAGCAGCAGCAGCAGCGGCGCGCAGCAGCGCAGCACUUCGAUGCUGCUUUUCUCGUGUCUCUUCGCCGCAGCAACUAUGCUGUUGCUUCUCUUGUCUCCCGCUGCACUCCAAAUCCUGGGGAUCGGGAUCGUCUCCCCUGGACAGAAGAUGCUGCUUUGGAGGCGGUGCUGCGCGAGGCCCGCGGCUGCGCUGCUGCUGCUGCUGCUGCUGCUCCCCUUGACUACGUUUAUGGGAUCGGGGAGGAGGCGGAGGAGACGAUCCUCCCCCUGUGGCUGUCCGAUCCCUUCUCCCGUCUAAGAGCUGCUCCCGUGGAGGUGCCGCCGCCCACAGAGCCGCUGCCAGCAGCAAGGGGGGGCCCCUCUUUUGGGGCCCCCGGGGGUGGGGGCCGUUUGCCUUUUGCUGCUGGGGGUUUUUUGGGCAGCCGUGCUGCAGCAGACCCUUUCCGCAGCAGAGCCAAAGGCAGCAGCAGGGCCCCCAGCAAGCAUGUGGAUGCCUUCGAGGCCUCAGUUCCUGGGGGGCUCACGCGGCUCAACAGGGAGCAGCAGCAACAGCAGCAGCAGCAGCAGCAGCAGCAAGCGGGAGAGCAGCAGAAAGUGCAGCCGCCGGCGCAGCAGCAGCAGCAGCAGCAGCAGACUGUGGCAAGCGUUCUGCAGCAGCAGGAAGCAUCCGUUGUGCCUGCCCCGCCGCCGCCACCCCCACCGCCUCCGCAGCAGCAGCAGCAGCAGCUACAGCAGCAGCCGGUGCAGCAGCAGCAGCAGGGACAAGGCGCUACGCUGGCAGCAUCAGCUGCUGCUCCUGCAGCCCAGCAGCAGACUGCUGCAAAGGCUCACGACGAUUCUCCUUCUUCUCUGCGGCACCACGAGCAGCAGCAGCAGCAGCAGCAACCAGCGCAGCAACCGGCGCAGCCACAGCAGCCGCAGCAGCACAUGAAGGCGCACUCGCAGCUGCUUCAUUCGCAGCAGCACCUGCAGCAGCAGCAGCUGCUGCAGCAGCAGCAAGCUGCCAGGCUGCUGCACCAGGCCCCAGGCGGCUUCGUCAGAGUCCCUGUGCCUGGGGCCAUUUUGGGUCCGCAGGGGCUGCUGCUGCAUCCUGUGCCUGUGCUGCCAGCUCACCCUUUUUUGCUGCAGCAGCAGCAGCAAGCUCUCCGCAUGCAGCAGCACACCGCGCACACCCUUAUGGUGCCCUUGCAGCCGCAGCCCUUGCAGCAGCAGCAGCCCAUGCAGCAGCAGCAUCAGCCUAUGCAGCAGCAGCAUCAGCCUAUGCAGCAGCAGCAGCAGCAGCCCAUGCAGCAACAGCCUGUGCAGCAGCAACAGCCUAUGCAGCAGCAACAGCCUAUGCAGCAGCAGCAGCCUAUGCAGCAGCAGCCUAUGCAGCAGCAACAGCCUAUGCAGCAGCAGCAGCCUAUGCAGCAGCAGCAGGCAAUGCAGCAGCAGCAGCCUAUGCAGCAGCAGCAGUUUAUGCAGCAGCAGCAGCCUAUGCAACAGCAGCCUAUGCAACAGCAGCCUAUACAACAACACCAGCCACCGAUACAGCAGCCUAUGCAGCAGCAGCUCAUGCAGCAGCAGCAGCCUAUGCAGCAGCAGCCUAUGCACCAUCAGCAGCCUAUGCCACAGCAGCUGCCUAUGCAGCAGCAGCAGGUUAUGCCUUCGCAGCAGCAGCAGCUUAUGCAGCAGCAGCAGCCUAUGCAGCCGCAGCAGCAGCUGCCUAUGCAGCAGCAACCCAUGUCGCAGCAGCAGCAGCAGCUCAUGCAGCAGCAGCAAGCCAGCAGCGACUUGUCAGUGUGUCCUGGGUGGGCCGAGUUUGUAGACGAUGGCCGUAGGGAAGGUCUCGACGUGAAUAAACUCAUGGCAACACCUGAACAACUCAAGGACCCCCGCAUUCGCCAGCGCUUCAUGCGCCUUCUCGACCGCCACGAAAAGGCGAAGGAGCUCUUCCGCAUGGCAGGCGCCAAAGUCUGA